GUUGAACAAAUGCAUAACAAACUACUCUCAUGUAAGAUUAUACAUUUUAAUAGUCUGGUACAUAUCGUCAGUUAAUUUGGUCAUUAUUCAUGCUUACAAAUCAGAUAAUUUAUUAAGAAAUCAUUGGUUAAGUAAUAUUCAAGAUGAUGAUCUUAGACAAGCGAUUGAACAAGAAAAUAUUACAGAAGAACAAUUAAAAGAUCCACAACAAUUUGAUCGUUUAUUAAAACGUUUAAUAUUUCUAUCACCUAAACAUUUACGCAGAUUUAUGAAAUUGUUAAGAGAAUGGAAUAAUCUUAGUCAACGAAUAAGAUAUGGAUGAUUAUAACAAUAAACCAGAUGCACCACAGUCUUUGUAAUUUUAUGGAGCUAAUUUUCAAAAACUUAUUGGAUAAUCAGAUCCAAAAAAAACAGUUGUACAACAAAACAAUCUUGAUUGUUAAAAAAAUAUAAAAGAAAUUGUUUUAAUGAUUAA